GGAAGUCCCGCCCCAUCCUGCCAGGCCUUGGCUUAGCUCGCCUCUCCUCGCUUUCUUUCUGCAGGAGCUCGCUGCCGGCGCCCAGGUGUCCUGACACGCCCCGCAAGGUGACCUGUACUGUCAAAUAGUACUACAUUUAUCAGACGUAUAUAAUCCAAAAUAAUUUGUCCACCUAUAAAACGCUAAUUUACCUCGGAAUUCUCGUGCAGAUGUUCACACAAUUUAUGGCACACCAGCAGGAUCUUAACUGGACCACCAGGGAAUUCUCUACAGUAUCUUCUGAAGAACAGAAGUUUUUAACUUUGGUGGAUUCUUAACCACUGCGCCACCAGGUCUCAAGAAAGAAGACCGUUAAAGCUGAGGGAAGCAGAUGGUGGAAGCGAGGUCAAGAAUAGGAGUCAGCACCUGGAAUCCUAAAAGGCUGCAGUGCAGUGGGAAGUUGGAACACAGGAGUUCAGCAUGCAGAACUACCCCCACCAGAGAUGCAACCCGCAGUAGAAGCUCAGAGUCUUAACCACUGGACCACUAGGAAGUCCUGGAUUUUGACUAUUUUAAUAGUACGUGGGCCUCUCACUGUUGUGGCAUCUCCCGUUGCGGAGCACAGGCUCCAGACAUGCAGGCUCAGCGGCCAUGGCUCACGGGCCCAGCCACUCCGCGGCAUGUGGGAUCUUCCCGGACCAGAGCACAAACCCGCGUCCCCUGCAUCGGCAGGCGGACUCUCAACCACUGCGCCACCAGGGAAGCCCCUUGAGUUAAUUUUUGUAUACGGUGUACGAGGGAUUCACGGAGACAAUAGACUAAUUUAACCUCAAGGAAUAAUAACAUUGAUGGCGGAAUUUCAGACGCUGUAGUUAUCACUCAAGCAAAGACCUUUUCUGGUGUCUCUCAAAUCACAACAUGCAGGUUGCUAUCAAGAUCAUAGAUAAGACCCAGCUGGAUGAAGAAAACUUGAAGAAGAUUUUCCGAGAAGUUCAAAUUAUGAAGAUGCUUUGCCACCCCCAUAUUAUCAGGCUUUACCAGGUUAUGGAGACAGAACGGAUGAUUUAUCUGGUGACAGAAUAUGCUAGUGGAGGGGAAAUAUUUGACCACCUGGUGGCCCAUGGCAGAAUGGCAGAAAAGGAGGCCCGUCGGAAGUUCAAACAGAUUGUCGCAGCUGUCUAUUUUUGUCACUGUCGGAAUAUUGUUCAUCGUGAUCUAAAAGCUGAAAAUUUGCUACUGGAUGCCAAUCUGAAUAUCAAAAUAGCAGAUUUUGGCUUCAGUAACCUCUUCACUCCUGGGCAGCUGCUAAAGACCUGGUGUGGCAGCCCUCCCUAUGCUGCACCUGAACUCUUUGAAGGAAAGGAAUAUGACGGGCCCAAAGUGGACAUCUGGAGCCUCGGAGUUGUCCUCUAUGUGCUUGUGUGUGGUGCCCUGCCAUUUGAUGGGAGCACACUGCAGAAUCUGCGGGCCCGGGUGUUGAGUGGAAAGUUCCGCAUCCCAUUUUUUAUGUCCACAGAAUGUGAGCAUUUGAUCCGCCACAUGCUGGUGUUAGACCCCAACAAGCGCCUCUCCAUGGAGCAGAUCUGCAAGCACAAGUGGAUGAAGCUAGGGGACGCUGAUCCCAGCUUUGACAGGUUAAUAGCUGAAUGCCAGCAGCUGAAGGAAGAAAGACAGAUGGACCCCCUAAAUGAGGAUGUCCUCUUAGCCAUGGAGGACAUGGGACUGGACAAAGAGCGGACACUACAGUCAUUAAGAUCAGAUGCCUAUGAUCACUAUAGUGCAAUCUACAGCCUGCUGUGUGAUCGGCAUAAGAGACACAAAACUCUGCGUGUCGGACUACCUCCUAGCAUGCCCCGAGCCAUGGCAUUUCAAGCACCAGUCAACAUCCAGGCGGAGCAGGCUGGUACCACUAUGAACAUCAGCGUUCCCCAGGUGCAGCUCAUCAACCCAGAGAAUCAAAUUGUGGAGCCGGAUGGGGCGUUGAACUUGGACAGUGAUGAGGGUGAAGAGCCUUCCCCUGAAGCGCUGGUCCGCUAUUUGUCGAUGAGGAGGCACACAGUGGGCGUGGCCGACCCACGCACGGAGGUUAUGGAAGAUCUGCAGAAGCUGCUGCCUGGCUUUCCUGGAGUCAACCCGCAGGCUCCAUUCCUGCAGGUGGCCCCUAACAUGAACUUCAUGCACAACCUCUUGCCCAUGCAAAAUCUGCAGCCAGCUGGGCAGCUGGAAUACAAGGAGCAGUCCCUGUUACAGCCGCCCACCCUGCAGCUGCUGAACGGAAUGGGCCCCCUUGGCCGGAGGGCAUCAGAUGGAGGCGCCAACAUCCAACUGCAUGCCCAGCAGCUGCUGAAGCGGCCACGGGGACCCUCCCCUCUUGUCACCAUGACACCAGCAGUGCCAGCAGUUACCCCUGUGGACGAGGAGAGCUCGGAUGGGGAGCCAGAUCAGGAAGCUGUGCAGAGGUACUUGGCAAAUAGGUCCAAAAGACAUACACUGGCCAUGACCAACCCUACAGCUGAGAUCCCACCGGACCUACAGCGGCAGCUAGGACAGCAGCCUUUCCGUUCCCGGGUCUGGCCCCCUCACCUGGUACCUGAUCAGCAUCGCUCUACCUACAAGGACUCCAACACCCUGCACCUCCCUACGGAGCGUUUCUCCCCUGUGCGCCGGUUCUCUGAUGGGGCUGCCAGCAUCCAGGCCUUCAAAGCUCACCUGGAAAAAAUGGGCAACAACAGCAGCAUCAAACAGUUGCAGCAGGAGUGCGAGCAGCUGCAGAAGAUGUACGGGGGGCAGAUUGAUGAAAGAGCCCUGGAGAAGACCCAGCAGCAGCACAUGCUGUACCAGCAGGAGCAGCACCAUCAAAUUCUCCAGCAACAGAUUCAAGAUUCUAUCUGUCCUCCUCAGCCUUCUCCACCCCUUCAGGCUGCGUGUGAGAAUCAGCCCGCCCUCCUCACCCACCAGCUCCAGAGGUUAAGGAUCCAGCCUGCAAGCCCUCCCCCCAGCCACGCCAGCAACCACCUCUUCAGACCGCCCAGUAACAGCCCUCCCCCCAUGAGCAGCGCCAUGGUCCAGCCUCACGGUGCUGCAUCUCCCUCCCAGUUUCAAGGCUUCCCCUCCCGCAGUGCAGUCUUCCAGCAGCAGCCUGAGAACUGCUCCCCUCCUCCCAGCGUGGCACUAACCUGCUUGGGCCUACAGCAGCCUCCCCAGUCACAGCAGGUGACCAUCCAGGUCCAGGAGCCUGUUGACAUGCUCAGCAGCAUGCCCGGGACAGCUGCAGGCUCUGCUGGCCGGGGCGUCUCCAUCAGCCCCAGCGCCAGUCAGGUUCAGAUGCAGCACCGGACCAGCCUGAUGGCCGCCUUCAGCUAUGGGCACCGGCCCUUGUCCAAGCAGCUGAGUGCCGACAGUGCGGAGGCCCACAGCUUGAACGUGAAUCGGUUCUCCCCUGCUAACUACGACCAGGCGCAUUUACACCCCCAUCUGUUUUCGGACCAGUCCCGGGGUUCCCCCAGCAGCUACAGCCCUUCAGCAGGAGUGGGGUUACCUCCCACCCAAGCCCUGAAAGUCCCUCCACUUGACCAGUUCCCCACCUUCCCUCCCAGCGCACAUCAGCAGCCACCGCACUAUACCGCGUCGGCGCUGCAGCAGGCCCUGCUGUCCCCGACGCCGCCGGACUACGCCCGACACCAGCAGGUCCCCCACAUCCUCCAAGGACUGCUCUCCCCCCGGCAUUCGCUCACCGGCCACUCGGACAUUCGGCUGCCCCCAGCAGAGUUUGCACAGCUCAUUAAAAGGCAGCAGCGGCAGCAACAGCAGCAGCAGCAAGAGUACCAAGAACUGUUCAGGCAUAUGAACCAGGGGGAUGCAGGGAGUCUGGCUCCCGGCCUCGGGGGACAGAGUAUGACAGAGCGCCAGGCUUUACCGUAUCAAAACGCUGACUCUUAUCACCACCACCACACCAGCCCCCAGCAUCUUCUGCAAAUCAGGGCGCAAGAAUGUAUCUCGCAGGUUUCCUCACCCACCCCGACCCACGGUUACGCUCACCAGCCGGCGCUCGUGCACUCGGAGAGCAUGGAGGAGGAGUGCUCGUGUGAGGGGGCCAAGGACGGCUUUCCGGACAGGAAGAACGUGAACACGUUGACCAAAGGUUGCCACGAUGGCCCCCUGCUCUUGAGUACUGGCGGGCCCGGGGACCCUGAAUCUUUACUAGGAACCGUGAGUCACGUGCAGGAGUUGGGGAUACAUCCGUACCGACAGCCAGCUGCUGCGUUCAAUAGAAAUAAGGUGUCCAGCCGAGAGUCUGUCCUAGGGAACUGCAUGGAUAGAAGUUCUCCAGGACAAGCGAUGGAGCUGCCAGAUCACAAUGGACUUGGGUACCCAGCACACCCCUCAGUCAGUGAACACCACAGGCCCCGGACCCUCCAGAGACACCACACGAUCCAGAACAGUGACGACGCUUAUGUGCAGCUGGAUAACUUGCCUGGCAUGAGUCUCGUGGCUGGGAAAGCACUUAGUUCUGCCCGGAUGUCAGAUGCGGUUCUCAGUCAGUCCUCGCUCAUGGGGAGCCAGCAGUUCCAGGAUGGGGAGAAUGAGGAAUGCGGGGAGAGUCUUGGAGGUCACGAGCAUCCAGACCUGACUGACGGCAGCCAGCAUUUAAACGCCUCUUGCUACCCGUCCACGUGUAUUACAGACAUACUGCUCAGCUACAAGCACCCCGAGGUCUCCUUCAGCAUGGAACAGGCAGGCGUGUAGCAAAAGAUGGAGGGUUUAUGUACCGCGCGGGAAUGAAAAGGAUGACUUUAAACCAACAGUAUCUAGCAGCAUUGCGCCAAGUUGCCAUUGUGUUUCCCUCCACCCAGAAUGUCGGCUCCUUUCCUCACAUUUGGUUCAUCAGCGUGCUGUUCUUUUGGGUUCUGAGGGGGGUUUUGCCACGUUCGCCUGUAUGACCAAGUCACCAAGGAAAUAAACAGGAAAUCCAUGUUCGCCACCUUUCGUGAAAGUGUAUUUGAGUUGGUGGUUUUGUUUGGUUUUGGUUUGGAUUAUUUUUGAUUUUUUUUUUUUAAGUAUGUUUUCUUUUGGAGGUGAUUUUCUUUCUUUUUUUCUUUCUUUCUUUCCUUUUUUUGAGACAGAAGAGCAAAGCAGUUAGUGUACGGUGGCCAGGGGCGCAGAGCCACUCCCCUCCCUGGCCUCCAUCCACAGAGCGCCCUCCAGUCCCUGCACUGCUCUUCCGCAGGAGCAGAAGCUAGAGGGUAACAUCCUCUGGAAUCUUAGCAGCUGGACAAAGAGACAGAGGAAGGGAUGACAGCCUUUGGCCCUUGGAGAGCAAAAAGAGAAACCCCAAGCCUGGAACCUGGAGAGGUCUUUGCUGCUGGGAUCCACUGAAAAACAUGUCUGGCCCAGCCGAGGUCAUAUGAGAAUGUUAGCACGGAGGCUGCGAGUGGCCUGGCGUCGAUGGGUUGCCAGUUAGAACAUCCGUUUGGUGUGUAACUCGGCUCCCCUCUUACAACCUGGAAAGUUGGUUGCCUUUAUCAUCCUGCUGGUUCUACCCAUGGACUGAACACCCGACAGUGGUACACUAUGCUUUUGUGUCACCUUUUAUUCUCAUUUUAUAUUGUGCUAUAACAAGGAUUGUUGCUCCGUAUAUAUAUACACAUAUAUAUAUAUAUAUGGAUGUAUAUGUAUACAUCCAUAUAUACAUACAUAUAAUGCUUUUCCUUUUCAGCCUCUUUGUCACAGGCAAGAAGAACAGGAGGUUGUCUUGGGUCCUGCCUCUCUCCUAACUUCUCCUUCUCCCUGGGCAUCCUCAGCCCCUAUUUUAAUUCUUGAUCAUGUAGGAAUUGUUUUUGGUAAAUGUUGAUAUUAUUGUUAUUAUUAUUGUUAUUAUUAUUAUUAAUAAAUAAAAACAAAAGGAAUUUUUGUUUAAAAGAGAAAUGUUUAACCAGAUUCUGUUCUAUUUGAAUUGUGACUUGCACCUUUUGUUCAAAGUAUUUUAUUUAGACCUUGUAAUUGUGAACCGUUCUCACUCGUGCCAGUGACAGAUGUAGUGGUCUCCUUUCCCCCAGCUGAAGCAGUGCAUAUGCAAUAGCUAUUAUUUGUGUCAUUAUCUUUAUUUUUCUUCGCUGUUAGAAACCAAAGUCUUCUCUGCUGGCUGGGGGCUGACAGAGGAUCUGGGUUAUCGCCUUCCGAUCUUCAAAACAAGGAAGAGGUGUUAAAUAUCCCGACUCUUGAUCCAUUUUGCUGGGAAAGCAGAGUAAAAGGUCCCCCGGCGCCUCCUAGUCUUUCACCCUGAAUUUGCACAGAGGAAAGCGGGUUCCCAGCAUGGCCAUCCUGGUGUUGCUGACAGGAUCCCCAUGCAGCUUGGCCUUCUCACUGAUGUUGGCAGCUCAGCUCCUGGACCCGGUAUCCCUCGAGUGGGUUUCUGCAGUGCAAGAGCCUUUCCUGGGAUCUCUCCGUGUCUCCUUGGUCCCCAAAUCCCCUCCACUUGGUGUGGCCACCAGCUGCUCACCUUCUGGAAGCAACCGAGACAGCCCAGACAGCCACUGUUGACUUCUCCGGGCUCGUUGCACUUCCCAUGCUGGCCUCCCACCACGUGCUCAGCCUGUUUUGUUCACGGUGCUGAUGGACCGAGCAGACUGCCGCCCCCCUGCGACCACCCAGACGAAAGCCAGUGAGCCUAUUAACCGUGCCAUCUUGCGAACUACACUUUUAAAAAAUCAUUGCUUUGUAUUGUAGUGACCAAUAUGCGCAGUAUAUGUUGAAUGUAUAUGAACAUACUUUCCUAUUUCUGUUCUUUGAAAAUGUCAGAGUAUUUUUUUUCUUUCUCAUUUAUGUUGAACUAAAAAAGGAUUAAAAACCUCCAGACCCAAGUUGCAGUAAGACCUUUAGUCGUUUCUUGGUGGGCACUUACAACUUAGUAACUUGGUUGGACAGUAGGGGAUUGUGCAAAUAAACACCUGAUUAUGAUCUUA